CCGCCUGAUGCACCCGGAAGUGCUCCUGAGGACGGGGGUGGGGGCGGUGACAAUUGUGCCGUACAACAAGAUGGCGGCACUCCUGGGGCAGGGUUUAUGAGUGUGCGAGGCGCUGUGGCGAGCGUCAGGGACAGCCGUGGAGGGCAACUAUCUCCCUGCCCACCCCCGUGAGGGCUUGGAACCGCCGUGUCGCUCCUCUCCAGCCCCGCGGAGCCGGGGCGCAGAGCAGGGGAGACCCGCGCUUCUCCGCGUGCGUGACCGCGCCUGGGCAACCUUGGAGUAAUGUGGAUUUUUUGCUCCCAUUUGCUCCUUCUGCAGAAACGUAAAAAGAAACGCGUAGUGGACCAAGGUGAGCUGGAUGCUUUAGAAUACUAUUCAAAGGAGGACUUUGCUUCAGGAAGUACAUACGAUUGCCGUCUACAGUUUCAGGAAGUUGUUUUUUCUUCUGGAAAAGCAGAGCUAUGAUGUCUGUGGUACAUCAUCUGACAUCGGGCUGGCUUGUGGAUCAUCUCUCAUUCAUCAACCACUGUGGUUAUGAAAUCUGUGACUCCUUUGCAUACCCUGGUGGUGUCACUCCCAAUGCUUCUGUCAUAUCUACUGGAGAUUGUCAUGCUUCUUCUAACUUUCCUUCUACCUCUUCAUCAAGAGAUGAUCUCAUUCCUGAUCCUGGAGAUGAAAUUGAAACAGAAGGUAAAAAAGCAAAAAUGAGAUAUGUCUUUCGGGAGGAGUUCUUUGACAUUUAUAAGCCCCAUGUAGCUGCAGCUCCUGAGGAGCAGCUGUGGCAGGGAUGCCCUGAAGUGAGUCUCACGGAAAUAAAGGCCGACAGCAAGAGAGAGGAACACCAAGAAGGAAGCAAGAGUGGCGUCAGAGAUUCUGUGGCCACUGGCAAGAAGAAACGUAAAAGGAAAUGUGUAUUGAACCAAGGUGAGCUGGAUGCUUUAGAGUACCAUUCAAAGAUCAGGAAGCUUAUUUGGGAAGGCACUUCGCAUUUAGUCCAAGAAGGUCUCAAAAGUGGUUUUCUUCACCCCACUGCUGCAGAACUCAGUUGCAGGAAGAACGGUGUUCCUGGACACAUUGGCUGUGGGUUGGCUGAGUUAUGUGAAAUGGCAAAGCAGUUUCCAGCUGUGAAUGAAAGCAACCAUGAAGCUGUACAUGUGCUAGAUGAUGAAACCUCCAUUCCAGAGCAGGACCUGCUUUCAUGUGUUACAGAAAACAGCUCAAACUUUGCAAAGAUAAUUGUGUUAAUGGGGCAGAAGUACUUGGUGCCACCAAAAAGCAGUUUCCUUUUAUCUGAUAUUUCGUGUUUACAGCCCCUGCUGAACUACAAGAAAAAAUAUGAUGUAAUUGUGAUUGAUCCACCAUGGGAGAAUAAGUCUGUUAAAAGGAGUAACAGGUACAGCUACUUGGAUUCAUGGCAAAUCAAGCAGAUUCCUGUACCAGCACUAGCUGCUCCAAAUUGUCUUGUAGUCAUGUGGGUGACUAAUAGACAGAAGCACUUACGUUUUGUUAAGGAUGAACUUUAUCCUCAUUGGUCUGUGAAAACACUUGCUGAGUGGCAUUGGGUAAAAAUUACUAGAGCUGGAGAAUUUGUAUUGCCUUUGGAUUCUUUACACAAAAAGCCCUAUGAAGUUCUUGUAUUGGGGAGAGUUCGAGGAGGUGAAGAGGAAGCCUUAAGGAAAUCUGAAGAUGUGCUUCCAAUUCCAGAACAUAAGUUAAUUGUCAGCAUACCCUGCAGUCUGCAUUCACAUAAACCCCCUCUUACUGGACCUGAGUGCUUUACAGUGCUAUGGUAAGAAACGGUUAAUCCCUCUCACAAAAGUGGUUUCGUCUUCGCCCAAGGGGAAAACUCACCACGAAUAUGCGGAUAUUGAGGGUUCAUGUGGGUGCUAUAUAAUUGCAUCAGAAAAGGCAAGUAGAAGAAAUGCAUAAUACUGUUGGAGAGGAGAGGCAUCGUAGUUUGCUUCAUUCAUGUGCUUUCCUUUUUCUGUUCCCAAGGACCAGAACAGCUUUAAUUAGAAAGCUGUUGUUAUAUGUUCAGGUAGGCUCUUGAAUUUGCAUUUUGAGCUUGUAUUUUUUAAAAUAGCGCGUGUAUAUAUAUAUAUAUAUAUACACACACACCUGUUAAAAAACUAAUGGAAGGCACAUACUUUGGUUAGCUAAAAAUAAAAAAAUCUCAUUCUAGAAAGAUCUUUUUUUGAAGUUCUGAAGCCACAUCUUUAAGAAUUAGGGCUACAGCAGGAGGUAUGUGUGUUGAUUUAAACUAAUGAAUGGUAGAGUAGAGAUUUGGGAGGCAGCCACCUAUGGCCUUUUUUUAGAAAACCAAUACUUAGCAGCACACUCAAACACAAACAGGAAACUUGUGAGGUAUCCAAGGGUGCAGAACAGCAGUUUGUAUGUAUUAUAAAGGUCUAAUGCCAGAAUGGUCUUCAAAACGAUUCCUUUGUUAGGGCAGAAUCUAGAAAACAUUGGCAAAUCUGUUGUAAAUUAAGAUGCUGAAUGGAUUUUGAAAGAAAUUAUCCAUGCUAAUCUAUGUAUUUCAUGAAUCUUUACUUGAAUGCUGGGGUUUAAGACCAUAGUGCAGCAUUUGUUUGUGUUUGAAAAAUUAGUUUGCUGUUGAGCAGUAUUAGUGAUUUACAAGGUUUUUAUAAAAACCUCAAAGUAUUGGCAGCUCCAUUCUAGAACUUGGUUAUGGAAUAAAAAGGUAGACCAUAAGACUAAUUGCUGAUGCUUCGACUUCAGUGCUGUGAAAGGGUUAUCUCUUUCUCAAUCAGAGAGUAUUCUCAAGUGGCCAGUAGAGAGCAGCUGAGCUACAUCUUAGAGUGAUUCAAAAGAAAUUUGAACAAAAGCAGAGUUUUGGUGUUGGGGGAGAAGGACACUUGAUGAGUCACAUGCAUUCUUUAUGCUUUGUUUAAGUAGUAACAAAGCCAAAAAUACUAGUAUUUAUUGAUGCUGUCUGGCACUUUAUUUCUUGUUACUACUAUAAAGCUGUAUGUUGGUACAUAUGUAGCCACUUAAUGACUGAUUAUAACAGUUUAUGUCUCUGGGGGGAGACAAAGAUGUAAAUUAAAGUAAGCCAUCAAAAAGAGAUGUUUGGGUUCCUACAGUGCAUUUAACCAUGAAAUUGUGACUGCAGGGCUUUUUGGUGAUGCAUAUGCUGUGUUCAAUGCUUAGAGCUUUAAUAUGUCAUUGUAAAUGUACUUAAGCUUCUUUAUGCAAAUGUGUUAAAAUGAAAUUUUAUUACUCCUGGUUUUGAUUCAAAUAACAGCAGGUUUUCUUCCUAAUUCAAUUCCAUGUUGCUCUUAGAAAUGACAUAGAAGAUAUUGUUACACAGAUCAUGUGAAACAGUGCAUAAGUUCAAAUACCUUUUUUCCUUUUCCUGUUUUAUAGAUUAUUCUUAUUAUAGCUGUUUCUUCUACAGUUUUUUUUAGUAUGUAUGUUUAUUACUAUUAUUUUCUGGUCCUGCUCUGUUCAGGGUUUAGACAAACUGGGCAAUAAAGACCUCUACACUGUGAACUCUUUUGAAGAGUUGCUAUGAAAUGAGUUCAGUUGUAUGCUUUGUGCUUUGCAUGGCUCACAAAUCAGACAGUAAAAAGCCAGCAAAAUAAUUUUCAGUUUUUGUCUGAUUUGCCAUGCAGAAUUUGCUGUCUGGAUAAUGGAAGUUCAAAAGAUAAGGGGAAGCUGUUUCUUCCCAGUCUUUGAGAUUGGUUGAAUGUCCUAAGCAUGCUUUUAAAAUUUGUUCUCUUAGGAAUAGAAGUUUUUGGUGAUUACUAAAACUGCUUUUGGUUACUGGAUUUACUGCUGUGAUGAUAUUUUUAAUCUAUGCAUUUUAAGAACUAAUGUCAUCAUUACUAAUGUACUAUUAAUGAAAUUUUGUCACCUAAAUAAUUGCUUUCUCUACUGAAAAGCCUAUCUAAAGCAUAACACGGUUCUAUUUUGUUUUUAUAUGGAGACGGGAAAAAAACCUCCGAUAAAGCCUGGACUCUGCAUUAAGCUAUGCACGAUCUUAUGCCUGUUAGGGUCAAAAAGAUGUCAUACAGGUGUCAGGAUCUGCUCCCAGAGAGCUUCUUGUAAGCUUUGGAGCUUUGCUUUCUACAGUCUCUCCUUUCUCUUCUACAGAAAAACUGCAGCUUCUUGCAACAUGGGCUCUCUUAGUUGAUCAAGAGAAUAGAUUUUUGGAAGACCAUUGUUAAAAUGCUGGCAGCAAAUUGUGCACAGAAGUCCUUAGCUAAAUAAAGCAUGGAAAAAUAACAAAUUUUACCACAUUUCUUUUAGUGUGGUGGGUUUGCAAAAUAGUAUAAAAGCAGCUACUCAUAAGUGGUAUCUAAUUAGUUGAACUCCCAUGACACCAAACAGCAGUGCUCAGUGCAUCAAGUUUUCUGUCAGUAUGUACAUUUUCCUCUAAACUUCCCAGACUCAUCUCUGCAAAUCUUAGAUUUGUUCAAACAUUUUGCCUCUAAAAAAAGCAGGCUUUUAGAAUAAGAUCCCUGCUGGUAGCAAUAUUUUUUAGAUUAAAAACUGCCUUGAUGAUAACCCAUCUGAGACUUUCUUUUGACAUUUGUUAAAGAUUAAGGGGAGGAGAAUAGAUUUAUAAGCCAUGCCAAAAUACAAGAAACCCUGGAAGCGGCCAUUACAAAAUAUUCAAGCAAAAGUAUUGAAUUGAUUUGAAGCUUUGGAAGGGGUGAGGUAGGAAAUGCAUCUGGGAUUGGUAGAAACUCGGUCGAGAAGUGGAUGCUCAUCUGUCUGCAACAGGAGCAAUCUGUAACAAGAUCAGCUGGGGUCUGACAGGAGGAGUCUGUGACUGCCAAUCUAGAUGCAGAAAGUCAGGACUUGGAUUACACCAAAAAGAAAAGCAUUUGCUGUCAUACUUUGAUGUAUGCUGAUUGGAUGUAUCUUUGCUUUCUGAAAUGAUCAUAUCUGAAGAUAUUGAGUCAAGCAACAUAAUGUUGGAUUUAGGAACUGUAUUUUUAAGCUAUAGAAAUUUAGAAAUCACUGGGAGAUCUGAACAAAAGUGACCAAAAUACCCUUUGGAAAAGAAAAUGUGUUCUUAGUUGUUCUUCUUUUCAUCCCGAGUUACAAUAAAAACUUAAUAUGUCAUUUUUAAUACAGAUAUUUUUCAGUCUUUCUGCCUCCUUUAUGUUGGGUGCUCCUUAGCUUUUCUCAUGCAUAUUUUUGUACAUAAUAUCUUAGUAGCUAUUUUCUGAGACCUAGUGAUGAAUUUGUUUGACUCAGCCACAAACUAAAUGGCUCUGUAUAACAAGUAACAUGUUUAACAAUAAACUGCUCACAAUAAUACUUUUCAGGCAAAAUGCAAGAUCUUUUUCUGUCACUCCAAGAAUACCAGUCAUAAUUGUUGCCACAAUUGAUAUUAAUAUUAGACAUAUUUUUAUUUUGAAUGAAGCGGUAAAAAUGCCCAACUGUGAAAGAAAUUUGAGUUUUAUGUUACUGAAUGAACGAACACAGUUACGUAAAUGUUUCUUCAGUUGCCAGGUUUGGUAUGGAGGAAAAAGAAGUCCUUGCAUUUUAUAGCCCCUGUUUAAGAUAUGGAGGAAAAAGUGUGAUCUUAAUUAAGGAAGAGAUUAAUUUCUUAAUUAAUGUAUAGAAAUGUUGCCCCUGUUAUGUGAGUCUUUAGGAGGUCUUAGAUGUCUUAGGAGGUAGAUAUUUGUGGAAAAUUCAGAACUCCUCUAUGUAGAAACCUCAUUCCCUUUCUCUAAAUGGAAACCAUUACAUCAGGGCUGUUGAAGGCCUUGGCAGUAUUGUUCAGAAUCUCAAGGGCACUUAUUUAAAAUGACUUUCUCUCUAUAAAUAUUCCAGGUGUUUCAAAUCCUUGAAAUUAAUUUUCUGCCUCUUUCAUUUUAAUGAACCAUUCUGUGUUUUAUCCACUGACAGCACAGGGGAGGUUUUAUUUAUUUACUGUUGUUAUUUGUACCUUUGUCACUGUUAUGUGUUUUUUUUUUUUUUUUCCUCU